GCAAUCAAUCAUCAAUCCAGGGGCCACGGCUCGACUUCCUCCUCUAGAGCUGUGCUUCGCUCGUCGUGUGACGAGGCGGCGCCCUGUGUAUAUAGUUCAGGCUGGUUCAGGUCAGAGGUUGCACACUACAAGAUGGCUGCGCCCUGUGCCCUUAUUGUAAGCUGUUGUAGUUAUCAACCUAGCUGUCUUGUUAAGCAAAUUAUUGGAACAGAAGAAUUGCCAGAUCAUAGUAUUGUGGUUGAACAGAUUAUUGGUUAUCCAUGGACUGUUGAUAACAAGUACUACACAGCAGAUAUACAGCUUUGUACUACAACUCAGAAAACAAUUGGUACUGCUGAGUUUGCAGAGUCAGUGAAUGCAGUGGUUAUUAUAACUGAUGAUAAGGCAAGUAGUUUCUCAUCUGUGAAACAAUGGAUGCCUUUCAUAGAGCAAAUGGAACCAGAAAUACAGAUCCUCGCUUGUGUCAAGUUUGAUGAUGAUGGAGAAGUAACAAGAGACACUGCUCUGCAUUGGUGCUUAGAAAAGUCAGUAGAACUAGUUGAGUUGAAUUCUGAGGAAGAAGACGAAGAUGAAGAGGAGGAUGAUGGAUUUGCAGAAACAAUAGGUGUUGAACGGAUAGAGAAUAGGCUUCCAAGCAACUUUCAUGCCAGGAACUGUUAAGGUGGAAGAUUCUGAAAAAGGGGCAAAGGAUGAGACAAAACGAGAGAAGCAAGAAGAUGAAAACUAUGAACCAAAAGGAAAAACUGAACAAGAUGUUGAGCAAGGUACAGAGGUUGAAGUAGACUCUAAUACCGGCCAUAUAGGUGAUACAUGUACAGAAUCAGCCACACCUGAUGAGGCCAGCUUAUUAUCAGAGGCCUCAGGAAGGUCGACAAGUGAAAAAGAAAAAGGAAGAAAGAAUGAAGCGAAAGAUAAGGACCAAUCAAAAUCAAAUAUUAUAGAUUCCAUGUUCGGUGGUGAUAUGGAAUUAAUUGCAGCACUUGGUAACGAAGACCCUGGCGAUGAAUCAUUUGAACACUUAUUUGCAAGGAUGGCCUCUAUGAAAGAAAAAGCAAAUUCUUUACCGCCUGGAGAGAGAAAAAAAUAUGCUGAGCAAGUUGCCAUUGCAUUUUGGAAAGCUAUUGGAGGAGAUGAGGAUGAAAUAAAUGGACUAAGUGAUGAAGAUGAAGCACAAAAAUAAACAUUAUUAAAGUAUUUCAUUAGAAGAAUUGAAAAAGGAAUGUACAAAUAUUAUCCUCCUCAUGAAUGGCCUUUUGCAAAAGUGCAAUCACAUUUAAUGCGAUAAGCAGUGUGUACCUCUCGCAGUCCAGAGACUCUCAUAGGGUUAAGGGUGUUUAGGAGCGUGGUCAGCAGCAAGCAGCCAAGUCUAAAUUUGGAUUGUUUGCCUGCAUAUAUGAACUGCAUAUUAACAAGAAUCUCCUGGUAUUAACCACCACAUCCCUUGAAUUAUACUCAGUGCAGUGGUGGCACCAAAGAGGGUACACAAGUCUUCACCGAGGUGAGCUAGUUUUCAGAAUAAGCACCUCUAGAUGCACCUUAUCAAAGCAGUGUUCUCUGAAAAAGUGAUUGACUUCUUCCCCAUCAACGGGUCUAGACACACUCACCUGGUGGAGGUCCUGUGCCCACUCACUCAAUGAAUACAGAUUGAGAUUCUGCUGAAAUAUUUAAUUCCACUCUUUAAUUAUACUAAUAAGUUCAGUUACUAAAUUACUGUAUGGAUGUUGUACAGUUUAUUUUUUUCUCAAAUUUAUUAUCGUAUAGGGAAGUUGGGGCUUUAGUUACUUUAUAUAAGUCUUUAGUUAGGUCCAAUCUUGAAUUUUGUUGUGUUAUUUUCAAUUCUAUUUCUCUCCAUCAGUCGACUAGGUUACGUGUUCAAAAUAAGUUUUUUAGAUUUUAUUCUUACAAAUUUGGUUUUGUUAGUAAAGAUUUCUUAACACCUUUAGCUGACCGCCGUAAACUUUUUGAUUCAAUUUUUCUUUUUAAGUGUAUGAAUGCAAUCUACGAUGGAAAUUUUGCAGUUCAUUUUCCUCUUUCUGUACCACAAUAUCAAAUACGUAAUCCUGUUCUUUUUUCAAUACCAGGGGGAGAGUCAACAUUACUAAUAAUGGGUUUAUCUAUCGUCUGCCUAAGUUAUACAAUUCUUUAUGUAAAACUGAUUUUUCUAUUGACAUUUUCUGUGAUUCUCUUAUGUGUUUUGUUCAAUAUUAGUAAUAUUUAGUUCCUUAUAACUUUUCAUAACUUUUUAUAUUCACAUAUAUAUAUUUAGAUUUUAUUAUUCAAUCCUAUAAAGGGUGACCCUGGUCACUGUUGGACUUUACAUAACAUGAGGGAAAGGUAAUGAUUUGUAUUAUUAAAGAGUUUUUAGGUGCAGUUGCAGGAGAGGUAUGCACUAUAGCCUUCACUUUAAAGUUGCUGCUAAAAACAGAAGACAGGAGGAAUAAGUUUAGGUUUGCUAUGGUUGUACAGUUACAAUUGUCCUCAUUUCAUAUUUUUUUAGUUUUGAAUUAGGUUACAGAUGCACCUGUUUUACAAAAUAUGCUGCUGUUGUAAAAGUGUACAUUCAAAUAAAAUAUUAUAUGACUAUAACCUCCAUCUAGUAUACAACAGAUAUUAUAUUUUGAAGAUUAGUUGCAGUACUGUAUUCAGGUAAUAUUAUAAAGAUCAACAAAUGUAAUAAUCUUUUAUGUAAUUCAGAUGGUAGUAUACUAAGCUGUAUGAUGGUAUGCUCUAAUAUUGUCAUG